AUGUCUCUAUCUCUCUUAUCUACCACCAUUUACAUCUCUCUCUCACGUGAUCUCUCACUCCCUCUCUCCCUCUCAUGUCUCUAUCUCUCUUAUCUACCACCUCUGGACUCUUGUAAAGGUCAAAGGCCAUGCAAGGGGGGAAAGUCCAGUCGCCGGAAAACGCCACCCACCGCUCACUACCGACGAGAGGAGCACCCAACAGCCUCCAUCAUCGGCAAUGUUGUUGUUUCUGAUCAUCACCGUCUCCCUACAUCCUUCCUUUCGUAUUUUCCAUCGAGUUUAAGCAGAAGAGAAGCAACAGAAGGCCGCCGGAGCAACCCCCUGCCGCUCAAACGCCGCCGACCGCCGCCAUCGCCGGACUUGCUGCUGCCGACGCUAACCACUCACGACCACCGCCUACCCACUGUAACAUAAAUAGAGCCGGUGAUUCGUUUUAAGGGCACGGGACGUCACGAAACGACUUUCACGACAAAUUUCACCAUCGAGCCUCGUUCACGCUUCAAGGGUAUUCUCAGGAUAUCACCAAACGAGCUAUCAGUCAGAAGAUUAGUCAUGGAUUUCAGGUGAUCUAGUUUUAUCUAGCUUUUGUUAUAUCGGCCUAUAUGUUAAGGCAAAUUUAUGAAUUUAUUAUUAUGAACCUUGUAUUUAAACCUUAAAGUGUAAUGUGACUGCUAUGU